AAAUUCACUCUUACUAUGGCUCAACUCGACUCACUGCAUGCGUCUGUAGGCAUACUGGGCAUCUCUGGCGGUUCUCUCCUGCUUUUGGUGAAUGACUAUGGCAGCUCUCCUGAAACAAACCUCAUCCCCUACACUGCACUGGGGAUUCUGCUCCUCAUCAUUGCAGCCCUCUUAGCUUAUGCAGGUAUAUGCCGCAGUCUGUCCUACGCCCAGCUGUUUUCGUCUGUGUGUCUGACUGUCUCUGCCCUGUGGUGUGGUUCAGGUCUGGUGUACAUCCUGGUGGGGCAGGGAGUGCUGCAGCCCACAGACCUGAGAUCCUCUCUGAUCCCUGGUCUGGCAGCUUUCACUUUAGCUCUGCUCAUCAUCGGCAGUGUUGCACUCAUAGCAAAGAAAGCAGUUCUGGCUGUCAUAGCUAUCGGCAUUAGCCUAGCAUGUGCCCAUCAAAUCGCCGGUCUGUCAGCUGCAGGUUUUGGUCAGUCUGCCACAGCUGCUAACUACCUCGUCGUCUGUCUGGUUGGUGUUUACUUUGGUGUUGGGCGUCUGCUGUCCAUCAUCACUCAUGGCAAAGUGGAACCUCCGGGAACAGGCCUGAAGAGAAAAGCUGAGCUGAAAACAGAGCAGAACCAGGGGUGCAGCGAUGCUGUGUCAGUGGGUUUGGUGAUGAACUUGCUGUCUGCCUCUGUGUUAGCCUGUCCUCUGUUAGGUGUGGUCCCCCGGCUCUUCACUGGUCAUGUCCCCUGGCUGUGGACAGCUGGAGUCUACCAGCUCGGCAUGUGUGUCCUCUUUUAUCGAGCCAUGGACACACUAGUUGCCACGUUUUAUGGCUUCACUGCUCUGUUGAGAUUUGCAGAAGGUUACAGCGCUCUCUUAUCGUUCUACUCAAUCCAGCCUUUCUCCCCUGUUCCCUUCCCUGUCGUCUUCUCUGUGCUGUUCUUCGUCUUGGCUCUGUUCAGUUGUCAGAAGAGCUUGCUGGAGGGGCUCUACCAAUUAUUCUUUGUUGCCUAUUGUAUUGCCAUUGCAGCCCAGCCGCAAGGCUUCUUCCAAGGAGGCACUCAGGGUGUACAGGCAGCUAUAUUUGUGGUCUCUGCCUGCAUGCUUUUAAUUACCACUUUCAAUAUGGUCUCCAGUACCAUGAUUCCCACAGGGCAGGGCUAUUUCAAGGCUUUAGUAACCAGGAUGCAGAGAUUUACCCUCAGAGCACAUGAUAAAGAACUGCAUACACCUCACCUGGGCUACUCCAAAUAUGCAGAUGCUGAGGUGUUAGGCCACGCCUGCAAUGUAUUGGCUGCUUUUGCUGUCACAGCCACAAUUGGUGACAGAAAUCCUCUUUAUGUGCUGGUUCUGCCCUGGGUUGUGGUGGCUGGUGGGGCGCUCCAGCUGCUCUGUGGCUCAGUUGCAUUCGCUCGGGGUAAAACCUUUGAGAGUGCAGUUUUUAUGGUCUAUGGCAUGAUGUGGACAGUGUGGGGGUUGACACGAUACGGAGGCCUGUACGGUGAAACCAGAGGCUUCAAUGUGUCUGUCGGGAUCAUUACCUUCAUGCUGUUUAACAUUUUAGUGACAGCUGCGGCGCUGUUUCUAAAUAUCGCCUGGUUUGUCUACGCCUUCACCUUCCAGCUCAUCCUCAUUAGCUUCCUGCUGGAUGCAGUGGGUGCUCUGCCUUUUGGUUAUGACAUAGGAGUCACCAUCAUCUUUGGUCUCGUCAGUUUCUAUUGUUUCCUGGGCCACCUUUUCAACAGCACCUUCCAGUCCCCCCAGAUCCCCUUUGGGAAACCUUUCCUCAAGCUGAGUGGUGUUGGGGGAGGCGCCAAUGUCUGUCCACAUGUACCAGCCCGAAAGGCCACAUCUGUCCAGCAGAUUGCAGAAAUCAUGAAAAACGGCGGCAUAUGUGGAAUGCCUACUGACACCGUCUAUGUCCUGGUGGCAGCUUGCAACAGGCCUGAAGCAGUUGUUAAAGCAUUCAAGGUGAAGAAGCAGGCGCAGGACAGACCCAUGUCCAUGUGGAUCUCCUCCAUCAAGCAGCUGGAGCCAGUGCGACACCUAAUGAGCCCUCUGCUGCUGGACUUCAUGCAGGCUGCGUGGCCCUCCUCCAUUAGCAUGGUUAUACUCAGAGGUCCAUGGAUGGACACUUUUGGUCUGGGAGAUGCUGCCAAACACAUAGGGACUCCACAAAGCAUAGCUAUCAGAAACCCAGACUGUGCUGUGGCCACCCACCUCAUUAAUCUGGUGGGGCCCAUCGCAGUAACCUCAGCUAACCCUACAGGCGAGGCAGACACAACUCACCACAACCAAGUUUAUGCCAAACUGGGAGACAAGGUGGAUGGUGUUCUAUGUGAUGGCCCCUCCCCAGAGAACAUUGCAUCUACUGUGGUCGACUGCACUAAGAUUGACACGGGACACAUUGGUUUCUUUAGAGUGGGUCUCAUUCCGAAAUCCAAGGUUCUUCAGAUCUUUGAAGAGGUUCAGAGGAGACACAGACAGGGGCAGACCAAUCCAGCUUUUGAGCCUGAUCUGCAUGUACCAGACACACUACAGGACCUGAGGUCAGCAGAGGACAACACAACAGAGUCAGGAAGAGGAAGUGGAAGCUCAACACCAGCCACAGUUUCACCUGAACAAAGCCCAGUCCUCAGAAAUGGGUCAUAGGAUCAAUGCACUGCUUAAAAGUGCUGCCACCUGCGUCAUGAAUAUUAUACUGUAAUGUGAUAAACACUGAUGUGUUAUCAAGUGUGUCUCUUUAUCUGUGUGGUUUGUAGAGCAAACUCUAUUAAGUGUUAUUCUAAUGCACUAUCAUUUGUUAUAUGAAUAUAAUGUAUAUAUAAAGUAGUUUUUGUUUGUGUUGUGACUGUGGUGUUGAGUCGAUAAUAAUAACAUAAGUGCUGUGUGGGAACUUCCAGGAUACUGUAUUAAAAUACACUACUUAAAUACUCAUAAACUAUACAUAAUAAUAAACUAUAUUAUUUAAUGACAUUAAAGUCAUUUAAAGACAGGCACACCUACACUGCCAUAUCAGCUUCUGUCAUGAAAUUAAACAAAUUGUCUGUUGCACUUUGAUCAUUUUACGUCAUAUUUUAUCUUUUUUAUUUGAUAGCUGUUGAUGAUUGAACAUGUGAAAAUUUUUAUAAAAAACAUUCACUAAGACUCAAGGAUGAACUGAGUAGAAUUUAGUGGUCAUAGGUCAAGGUCAUGGUCACCUCAAAAAACACGGUUUGGGCCUUGUGAAUGCAAUAUCUCCGUAAACCACACAAAUUUCAUCAAAUUUGGUAAAAAUGUGCACCUCGCCAACUGGUACUUCCUGAUUGUUGUACAGUGACAAACCACACGUAGAUUUUUCCUUAUUGUUACUUACUAAUUUGUUUUUUUUGCCACUGUGGAGGUGACGUUUGAGGACAAUAACCCUUUCCCUAAGUUCAAUAAUUUCAUGAUUAAAAUUACAUACGAUGUGACUGGAGACUGUCAUACAAACCGUCAUACAUCAUAUCACCAUUUUAAUCUUAUGUUUUAAUACGUAUUCAACAGUGUGUUUUAGUCUUGUCUUUUCUAUGAAUCCUUCCUUCCUGUUCAUGAGUCUUUCAUUAAGUUUCUGUUUCUUUUCAACUGCUCAUUGUAUUUUGCUCAUCACAAGACUAUUUGUAUUGUGCAAGGAAAUUGCCAUGGAUAGUUUUUUCAUUGUGUCACUGCAGAUCUCAUAUUUAAAAGAUCAUUUCUCAUAAAUAGAAGACAGGACAUCGUGAUUAUGAGAAUUGGUGACCAAGUGUUUUUUCUUCAUUGAGUGACAAGAAUGUCAUCUCUUCUGAUGAAGGUUCACUGUGAUGCUCACUUGUGUUUAUAAAAGAAAAUUCCAAAAA